CUGUUUACCAAACGAGAGAAAGAGGAGAGAGGUCGACCAAAACAAGGGCUUGUCUGUGGAGAAAGGAAGAAAGAGAGAGCAGUGUGCUGCUUGAUAACAAAACAGCACAGGCUCUCUGGAAGGCAAAGCGGAUUCAUAUUAUUUUUAUUCCUGCAAAUUUAUUUGGACAAUUUCACGUUGGUUUUCUUUUCUAUUGUAUACUGCAAUAUAUAUAUAUAUAUAUAUAUAUAUAUAUAUAUAUAUAUAUAUAGAUAGAUAGAUAGAUAGAUAUAUUUUACAGAAUGUUGUUCUUAGUCGUGCAAGUUGCGUUGCUAAGCGUUGGCAUUCUGGACGGUGCAUCAAUUGUUCAAGAAUGCAUCCGCUCCAAUGGCCAGGAGUACAGGGGCGAGCAGCAGAUUACAUCAACUGGAGAGAAGUGUUUAAACUGGAGGAAUGCUAGCAGAGAUUACAACACAACUGCCUUCCCAGACCAGCAGACAGGCAUUGGGGACCACAGCUACUGCCGAAACCCAGAUGGCGAUAACAGACCAUGGUGCUACGUGACGGGCAAAGACAAACGAGUGCGGAGACAGAAGUGUGCCAUUGACACCUGCAAAGGUCAGGCUCCUCCACCCACAGUGACAGAGGCCCCUCGAGUCGCUGAGCCCAAUGAGACCCAGAUCUUUGAGCCGGCCAAGUCCCUCCCCUCCCAGAGUGAGAGCGCGGCGGUGCAGCCGGUCGUAGGGAUCAGCCAGCGUGUCCGGACCGGGCCCAAGCAGAAGAAGGACCUGGGCACCCUGGGUUAUGUGUUGGGAGUCCUCAUGAUGGCUCUCAUAAUCCUGAUGGGAGUUGGCAUCACACUGGGGUACUUCUACAAGAGAGGGAGAGAUCUGAAGAAACAGCAUGACCAGUGCGUGUACGAAAGAGAGAUGCAGAGGAUAACGCUCCCGCUGUCCGCCUUCACAAACCCCACCUGUGAGAUCAUGGAUGAGAACAUUGUGGUGGUCAGCGCUCACCAGACCCCAGUGGAGGAGACUGUGGAGGGUAAGAGCCCACUGAUGGACCAAGUGGGAACCCCAGGGGCCUGAGAGCAGUCUGUCCCCGCUGAAGAGGCUUCAAGCUCAAAUACCUGAAAAAGGCAGCCCCUGGCUUCUGAUUCUUUUGUUUCUUUGGUAAGCCUGGACUAAAAGCCAUACAAAGACUGCCAUUUGUAAAGCAAACUGAACUUGUGUAAAAGAGAACGUUUUGCAAUACUGUUGUGUUUUUUUUUUUGUUUUGUUUUUUUUAAAAACUUAAAAAAAGCAUAAAGAAAACUCAAGGACCAGACGCAGUGUGGACUCACCAGGGAUGGUGCCACCAGUAAGUGGUGGUGUAGAAAAAAACAAAAAAAAGCGUGCAACCUAUUGUUAGUUUAAAAUCUACAUUUUGUAACAGAGGUGAUGGUCUUAUGAUUUUUGUUUUCACUGGCUAAAGCAUAAUGAAGUGAUUCCUGUUGUAGCAAAGCUCAAUAAUUUUGUAUACAGUUUAAAAGGAAGGAAAAUUAUAUAGGACUAGUUUAAGUACUGUAGCAUACCUAUCAGGUUCAGACAAAUUGCUGUUGCUGUCUGGUUGAUCUCUAAGACUGAGCAUGUCACAACUUCUAUUCAAAGGCAGUAGAUCAGUUGAGCAGAAGUACUGAAAUACUUGUCUAUAGAAUGCAGAAGUCACAAAGUUAGAUUAAAGUUCUCGAUACACAGAAGCUGAGCUUCAGAUGGCAGAGUACAGGUUUAGUUGUAAUGGGUUGAAAGACAACAUUCAAAAUUAGCAGGUAAAUGAACACAACAUUUUACUCAAUGCCGAGUGUAUAUAUUUUUUCUUUUACAAUCACUUUUGGCUGCUCAACUUUAUUUAGUGUCAGUUAUACAGUUUGAGGGCAACAGCAGAUGCUC